UGGCUGAUUUCCACGAAAUUCAGUUGUUAAAUCGAUUUUCUUGAUUUCCGUUGCAGUCUUCGGAUUGAUGCUCGGCGGAAGAAACAUUUGCGGAUUAUCCUGAACUUUACUGGGCCGAAAUGACAAAUCCAAGAGAUUUUGAUAGGAAUUUCCAAAAUGUCAAAAUUAUCUGAUUGUGAACCACUUCAAAAGCGAGAUUCAAUUACUCCAAGGGCAUAUGUCAAAUCGUAUUGUUGUUGUUGUAUGUUUGAUCAGAAACGGGAGGAUCCAGCAUUAUUUGAUGAAGAAAACAUAAAAUAUCGAGCGUUUUUCGGAACUAUGCAUAUUCGGCAUGUUCUUGUUAUUUUGGCAAUUAUCAAAACUUUCCUAGUUUUUUCUUUCUUGUUUUUGCAAGCCAUGGAUACUGAGUCGCCAUUGGGUGUAUUUUCCGCAACAUUUGGUUUCCUCACAGUUUGUAUCACAAACGUUUUAUUGAUUGCUGGAGUCCGUCUGAAGAGGUACAUCUUCUUGAUUCCAUACUUCACAGUUUGCGUCUUAUUCAUUUUUGUACUCAUUCUCCAUCUUUUCGUCGAUUUCCUCGACACUGCCAAUUCGAAAAAUACCGUCGAAAUGCAGUCAAUCCUUCAUAAUACUGUUUUGUUAUUUAUGAUUUGCUUCGAAGUUUAUAUGUUGUCUGUCGUUUGGCGGGCGUUCGUCUACAUUUGCGAUUUCAAUAUGCAACGGCAGAUUGAGAAAAUUGUGCAAAAAAAAUCGAUGGUGAAACGUUCGUUCGAUAUUGAAUACGAUCUAGUCCGAAACGAAAUAAUCCGCGCUGAAGUGAAAGCAAAUGAAGAGCUCGUAUAACAGAUCCUCAAAUGAUUCCUUGUACUUUUGUCCUCAAAAACCAAAUACUACCUCAUACUUCAUGAUCUCUCAUUCCUUAGCAGCUUUCUUCCAAAAACUGUAAAGCAACUACUUCCGACCGCGAUUAAUUUGAAAUCCGAAAUCCGAAAUCCUAAACGAAGAGAUGCGAAAUAAAAAGAAAAUUGGUGGCGCUCCAGGCAAUUGUCACACUCGGACACCGGAUCCUCCGAGACGUUCAACUAAUCCGCUCGACACUGCUUCUAGUCAUACUUAAACCGUUUUGUUUUCUAUAUUUACUACUAUUCUACUUCAUUUUUCAUCUUUUCAGAAAUAUGAAUCUGAUCUUUUUACUAUUCACUUUUCCCAUCUUCGUAGACAAUUUUUUGUUUGGUUUCGGUAAGUUUGAACUAUUUGAAAUUCCAAUUAUUAUGUGGAGUUAUUAAUGAAAUACAUAUGAAGUAAGCUUGACUUUA